GUAGAAUAAUAGAUAAAUUAUCUACAGAUACUAAUUAGCUAUCUAACAUCACAAUUUUGUAUCUGCCCCUAUUUUUACCCCGAAGUGAGGGAUAAUCACACCAAUUCUUUGUGGGUCUAGGUACAUUUACUAGCUGUAAGCGGGGUCUUUCUAAGCCCUCCGUUUUCAUACUUCAUCAACAGCCUCCUAUAAAAUGCUAUCACCCUGAACAAAGCCAUAUCAAUAUCUCUUUGAUCCACGCAACCAUGGCAGAUGAAGCGGACCCGGGAAUGCACUAUGCAUACUUCAAAGCAAAUGAUGGUUGUACCCUAGCUUUCCAGACCUCGCUACCGAUCGGGGCAGAUGCAAAGCCUGACAAUCGCUACGGGAGCUGCAUUGUUCUACUCCAUGGCUUCAGUGGGUCAAGCGCGUACUUCACCCGCAAUUUCCAGGCUUUAAGUCAAAAGCAUUGGGUCGUCGCCCCGGAUAUGCGUGGGCAUGGUAAUUCAACCCGGACGCGUGGGGGAUACCAUGUCGCGCGGCUAGCCGCUGAUUUAAGGGAUUUGGUUACGUACCUGCGCGCUCCUACUUCCCGGCCAUCUGAGAUAGGAGAGGAGAUUAAGUUUGUCCCUGUGGGUUGCUCGAUCGGCGCUGCUAUUCUGUGGACGUCUGUCGAAAUCUACGGUCCUAACGGCGGUGGCGAUUUCGCUGGUUUUGUAUUUGUGGACCAAGCACCGCUGCAGGAUCGGUCACUUUUUGAUAAAUGGGAUGCAUCGCGGGCACACACGGGGUGCUACGAUGAGGCCACGAUGCAGGCUGCCCAGAAAGCUUGGAUUGAAGACCCCCCGGGUACGCAUAUAGAUUUGGUGAAGUCCUGUCUCGGGUACCGGCACGCGCCGGAUGACAGGGAUGAUCUAUCGGAUGAGAGACGGUGGCGCGAUGAGGCGUUUUUUACGCGGAUUAGUCAGCGUUGCGAUGGGGAGUGGUUGGCGAGGUUGCUGGCUGAUCAUACAAGGUAUGAUCAUCGUGAAGCUAUUGAGGAGAAUAUUCGUGUGCCGACUUUGGUUCUUGCUGGGAGGAGAUCCGGGUGUUUUCCGCUUGAGGGGAUGCGGGAGACGGUGCGCCGGGUUGAGAGUGGUGCUGGGCCGGGGUUGGCUAGGAUGGCGGUUUUUAAGUCUGGACAUUGGCUUUUCUUUGAGGAGCCGGAGAGGUUUAACGCUGAGGUUGUGGAGUUUGUGGAUAGUUGUGUAUCUAGGUAGGUAAGAUGAUCUAAGGAAUCCCUCUGAGUUAUGGGGCGCAGCGUCGAGUAUGUACCUAGAUAUGGCCUGGUUUUUUCUUGACUGCAAUGACUCCGGAUAUAUUUUGAUCGCCUUUGUGCUAAAUUCAUCACGUAUAACAUCUAAGUCGGUACUAAUAUUCAAUUUUCUAGCGUGUGUUGAGGUAGAUUAUAUUCAAAUUCAAUGGAAAUAAUCUAUCUAGGUGUACAAAUAAUUAGAUGGUUAAUAUCUCCAAAAUGCCAAAAUAUCUUUCGCU